AUGGCGACGCUCAGGCUUCCGCUCGUCCGUUACCCAAGUGUUCUCUUUCCGGGGUCAGCUGUGACGUUAUCAAGCUCUCCUCUUGCUGCGGCAAUAUCGGCCGCGUUGCGCUAUGACUCGAGAAUUGCCGUGCUGGGACCGGUUGGGAGGAUUGCGGUGGAGCUGCGGCUGGUUUGCGACCAGCAUCUCAGCGAUAAGCCGUCUGGCGUGGUGCACGGCCUCACCGGCGACCGACGAAGACUGCACUCCCUAGCUGAGGGAGGCGAGGGCGGCGCUUCCAUCUCGAACUUUGAGCCUGUGGAUGACGACCCUAUGUUGUCACCUGCGCGCGAGGAGAGGGUGCACGAUGAGGCGCAGCGUGCACGCGACCUCCUCGAGCGCGGCGUGGAGCAGCGCGCCUUCUCGCUCGAGCCUUCUCACCUCGACGACGAGCUCGGCCUUGGACCGCUCUGUGACCCUCGGCGCCGCCCGUCAGAUUUCUGGCUCGCUGGCAGACUGCCCCUCGCCACUUCGCUGCGCGCGUCCUGCCUCGCAUCCACCUGCCCGCUGAAGCGGCUGUGUGAGGUCAACGACGCGAUGCGGCUGCUCCUCUGCAACGACCCGGCUCGCUUCCGUCACAGAUUGCGGCUGCAGGUCGAGACGCCCGCGAGCGACGGGUGUCACGGCAUCGGCAUCGGCGGCAGCGCCACGCCGCGCACGAUUGUCGCUGAGGCGCCUCCGAGCUACGCGUGGGUGGCAGACAACUCCUUUCCGCACGGAUGA